UUGAUUAAUUAAUUAGUUUUAUAUAACACUAGCUGUCCCGGCGAACUUCGUACCGCAUAAGGGAUAUCUCAUACGUACAGACAGACAAUUUUUUUUUAUUAUGUAGCAAUUCCCGGGCAUACACCCAACUAUUUCACAAAAUUUCAUCGCAAUCGGAUGAACUGUUUAGGUAGGCAUAAGAGACAUACAAACAUUCAUUUUUAUUUAUUAUAUACGAUAGGAUUCUCAACCUUCUGUCACAAAUCUGUAUUUGAAUUUAGUGUUUUAUUUUAUGGUAGUUGGUAACGUUGAUCUCAUGAUGGAUGGUUGGGUUGGUAACAUACCUAACCUAUAAUCUAUACAUGACAAGCCCGCGUUUUUUUCAUUUUCCCGCUAACUGCAAUUCUUUAGCUGUGAAUCAAUUAUUUACUCUGUUAUCUCAAAUUCAAGAUAAAUCUAACCUCAAAUACAAUUCAUUGGCCUUUUUUUUUGUAAGUACUUCAUUUCCACACGUAAGUAGAGUAUACUAUUACAAAAUGAAUCGUACAAAUGAUAUUCAAAAAUAUUAUAUGCGUGCUAAGAGACAGAAAGUUUCAACUUCUCGGUGCACGUUAAGUUCACAUCAAAAAGAGGAUUCCUUAAUUAAUAUAGAUGAGAUGGUAAUGGAUCAUUUAGAUCAAGCUGUAUCUGAUUACGAUGAUGUAGCUGCUCUGCCAGUAAGUCAAAAUUUCAGCUUGAGCGAUUCAACUUUCAUUACAGACAAAAUUGCGAAUGUUCAAAACUUGUGUGAUAAUAACAUUACGCCGAAGCUUAAAAAUUGGUCACUGCAACAUAACAUUACACAUGGCGCCAUUAAUGAUCUACUACGGCUUCUGAAAACAACCCAAAUUCCUGAUAAUUUACCAUUAGAUGCCCGAACAUUGCUAGGUACGGCCAGAACGAUACAUACUAAACUUAUCGAACCAGGAGAAUAUUAUCACUUUGGGUUACGAUCUUGUUUGAAAAGACUUGUGAACAUUUCAGGCGAUGUUACUGACAAACUAAGUGUAUUAGAAAUAAAUAUCAACAUAGAUGGUUUACCACUUUCGAAAAGCUCGAAUAGCCAGGUAUAUCCGAUACUGUGUAAUAUUGUGGGUUGUAAUAGCGUAGAAAUGCCGAAUUUGUGGAUGAUGCUACUAAUAUUAUUAACAAUGGUAUCGUAAUAAAUGGAACACUUUUCCAAGUUAGGAUCAAAGGAAUCAUUUGCGACGCACCUGCCAAAGCAUAUGUUAAAUGUAUAAAAAGCCACACGGGUUAUUCUUCUUGUACCAAGUGUCCGGUGGAGGGUAGCUAUAUUGAGAAUCGUGUGUGUUUUCCUGUCAAUGAUGUUCCACAACUCAGAACUGAUACCCAGUUCAGAUCCAAAUUUGAUGAAGACCACCACAUUGGCACAUCUAUAAUUGAAAAUAUUCCAUAUAUAGACAUGAUCCGUAGCUUUCCAUUAGAUUAUAUGCACUUAAUAUGUUUAGGUGUGAUGCGUAAAUUGUUAUUACUUUGGUGUUGUGGGAAACCGUCAACAAAACUGGCUUUCCAAAAAAUUUCAGACAUAUCUUCUCUAUUGAAACAGUGUUCUCCGAAUGUCCCUCUUGAAUUCAAUAGGAAACCCAGAGGUUUAAAUGAAAUAAGAAGGUGGAAAGCAACAGAGUUUCGCCAAUUUUUAUUAUAUACUGGACCCAUAGUUCUUCAAAGUAACAUAAACCGAGAUAGAUAUAUCAAUUUUUUGUCCUUGCAUAUAGCUGUAAUCAUCUUGUCUCAUCCUCAACAUACAACAAAAAUUGAAUAUGCUUCGGAACUCCUGAAAUAUUUUGUAAAAACGUUUAAAAUUCUAUAUGGACCAGAAAAUAUGUCUCACAAUGUGCAUAAUCUUCUUCAUAUAACUGAUGAUGUAAAGUAUCAUGGGGUACUUGAUAAUUUUAGCGCUUUUCCUUUUGAAAACCAUCUCCAAAGCAUUUUAAAGUCAUUACGAAAAUGUGAGAAACCUUUGCAGCAAAUAGUAAAAAGGCAUUCUGAGAAGCAAAACGAAAAUUAUAAUUAUGAAAAAAAAAAUUGUCCAAUUUAUAAACGUGACCAGAAUGCUACUUCACUUUUAACAAAACUGAAGAUUACAAGCCAUUCAAAGUCGGUUGCUUAUUCAAAUUUUAUUUUAACUACCCGUGAACCUGAUAAUUGUUGUCGUCUAAAAAAUGGGGAUGUCAUAAUUAUUAAAGACAUUGUUCUCAAUCAGAACGAGUUUAAAUUCCUGGGAAAUAAAUAUUUAAGUUUAACUUCACUCUAUAGUUCACCGUGUGAAUCAUCAGACUUAGGCAUAUUUGCAGCAAAAUCAACAGAUUUUGAUAGUGAUUGUUUAUUUGAAUUUGAGAAUGUUGAUUAUAAAUGUCUUCAUUUUAAAAUAGCCCACAAA